UGAGUAAUGAGUGGCCUGGGUCAGAGCAGGCGAGGUGGCUGGAGCCGGGCCGACCAGGAGGAGCGGUGUGAGUAGCUGGGAGGCAGAUUAGAACUUCCCUCUUUUUGCAAAAAGAAAGGAAGGAAAGAAGGAAGGAGGGAAGGAAGGAAGAAAGGAAGGAAGGAAGGAAGGAAGGAGGGAGGGAGCUCCACAGGGCCUGCAGAUGGGGAUGGCCAUGGAGCCCUGCCCUGAAGAGCAGUACUGGGAUUACCUGCUGAACAACUGUGUCUCCUGCAAAACCAUCUGCAGCCAUCAGAUUCCACGCACCUGUGCAGCAUUCUGCAAGUCCCUCAGCUGCCGCAAGGAGCAGGGCAGGUACUAUGACCAGCUACUGAGGGACUGCGUCAGCUGUGCCUCCAUCUGUGGGCGUCACCCCAGGCAGUGCACACACUUCUGUGAGAGCAAGUUCAGGAGUCAAGUGAACCUCCCACCAGAGCUCAGGACACAGAAGACUGGGGAAGCUGAAACCAGGUCGGACAACCUUGGAAGGUACCAAGGAUCAGAGCACAGAGGCUCAGAGGCAGGACCAGCACCCCCAGGACUGAAGCUGAGUGCCGACCAGCUGGCCCUGGUCUACAGCACCCUGGGGCUCUGCCUCUGUGCCAUCAUCUGCUGCUUCCUCCUGGCAGUGGCCUGCUUCCUCAAGAGGAGGGGGGACCACUUCUCCUGCCAGCCUCCCCCAGGGCCGUGUGGGAUUCAGUCCAAGUCCUCUGAGGAUCCCUGGAUGGAGGCUGGAAGCGCUGCAGGCGGGCCGCCAGAGCCGGUGGAGACCUGCAGCUUCUGCUUCCCCGAGCGCAGGGCGCCCACCCAGGAGAGCGUGGGCGCGCCGGGAACACCCAGCCCCACGUGCUCGGGGAGGUGGGGGCGUUGUGGCCCGACCGCGACCAGACAGCCCUGCGUGCGCGCCCCCGACGGCGGCCUUGAGGUUGUGUGCGCGCCCGCCCAGGAGUGGGGCCCGGCAGCCUGAAACCCGGAAUGGUGAGCGCGAGACGGGGAGCUGGGCACACGUGAGAGAGACGAGCCAGGGUAAGGAGGCGGGUCGCUGCCUUCGUCCCAAGUCUCUGCUGUGGGUCGCCGUCCCCGAAACACUCCCCAGCAACCUCCUCCGCGUCUCUGGCACGGCCCCCAACUGCCCUCCUAUAGAAAUAAAACUUUUCACGCUG